AUACAGACCCGGUCUGCUUGCUGUCUUAGGAGUGAAAUAAGUCUUGCAUCUGAUAAAUUAGGUGUUGGAACAUUGAAAAUGACUGACGUAAUUGAUGAUUCAGUCUCCUGGGAACAAAGAAGGGAAAUGAGAAGAAAGAAGAGGCAGGAACUACUUGCCGAAGCCGACAGAUUGGUAAAAAAGACUGAUGAGGUUUCCUCCUCUCCCGCAUCCACUCGGAUCUCCAAGUACGAUGAUGAUGAUGAUGAGUUUGAGAAGGGAAGGCAGAGAAGAAGAAGAGAAAGGGAGGAAAGAAGGAAAAAAGAAAGAGAGGAAUUGGAAAAACAAUUAAAAGACGAGGAAGAAGCAAGAGCAGAUCGAGAUCGGAGGAGAGAAGAAAGGAGGAGGAUGCGGGAAGAAGAGAGCAAACCGGAGGUUGAGAGUUACACGACCAGCACCGUAGUUUCCAAAGUUGUGGAGACACAAGAUGAUGAGUAUGGGAAUCAUGAAGAGACGGAAACAACCACUGUUGUUCAAUCAACGGAAAUUGUGGUUGAUUACCCAGUUGAGAAUGGGGACCACGAUGAUAAAGAUGAAGAAAAAGAAGCUUCACCUGCUCCCAGUGAAUCCGAUCAUGCAGAGGAAGAGGAAGAAGAAGUUAAAAUAGAAGAAAGAUCACAAGAUGAGGAAGAGAUGACCAACGGACACUCCGAGACUGAACCUGAUGCAGAACCACACAAAUCUUAUAAAACCUCGGUCACAACUGUAACACUGACAUCCAAAACAACAAGUUCCCACCCUGUUGAAAGCAAUGAUGAUGCCGCACAUGAUGAAGUGCAAGAAAAACUCAAUGCAUUGAAACUGAAGAGACAAGAGUCAGAGAAGAAGAAAUAUCAAACUGACUCUUCCCAGGAUGAUGGAGACGCUAAGUCAAAGCUGAAAAUGUUAGAAGAAAAAAGGAAAUUGAGAGAACAGAAGAGAUUGGAAGAAGAAGAAAGAGAAAAGGAGGAAGCACUGAAGCGUGAAGCUGAGUACCAGGAAAAACUCCGGAUCGAGAAAGAGGAAAGGACGAAGAGGAGACUUGAGGCGGAAGCAAAACGACAGGAAUACAGGAAGCAGCUUUCGAAAUCUGAUGAUGAACCAAAAAGUCCUCUCAGUCCAAAAGGAUUGGCCUCUCCUCUUGCAUCUAAGAAGCCAGUGGGCGGUGUAGAAGGCGACAUUGCGCCUUUGAAAAAAAACUUAAACUUGCAAGCCAGUGAGUACCUGUCAAGAACUGAGUCUGAGUCUAAGAAUAUGGAACGCAAUCAAAGACCACCAGCUGUUCCGAGACGCACUCAGAGUGCUCGUAUCAAGCUCAGUCAAUACAGCCCUGCGCGUCGCGGCCUCAAAGUCACAGACAAGGUUGAGGAAGCCGGUGCCAUCUCCCACCAACCUACAAGACCCGUUGGGAGGAAAAAUCAAACCAGGAGGUCACUAGAUGCAAUGGAGAAACAGGCAGGAGAUCUUCUUGAUUUUCUCACUGAACUUGAAGGGAAGAAAGCAUCCUCAAGUGCUUCUGAUCUUCUUCAUUUCCUUGACUCACCAGAAAAAAAGUCUCAAAGUGAAAACAGCAGUCCUGUUGCCCAAAAUCGCUUUUCUCGAGGAAAGAGGGUUAGUGUGAAGGACAGAGCGAAGCUGUUUUUAAAACCUGAUAUUAAGGAAGAGGAGAGUGAACAUGGAAAGCUACCUUCUACUCACAGUGCACCUAACUUACGACAACAAGGAGUUCGGUCUGCCCGUAUGUGUGCUCAUGUAAAUGGUAACUCAAAUAACAACAACAAUAAUAAUAAUAGCACACCUGUCGAAAUCUCCCAAACAGUCACUCUUGUAGUAGAAGCAAAAAAAGAGAACAAUGAAUCAGAAAAACAAGAGUUUUCUGGAUCAGAAUCCGAUUACAAAAGUGAUAAAAUUGAACCUGAGAUUAAAAUCUCUAUCCCAAAAGAAGAAGUUCAGCCCUCAGUAAGAAGGAGAAUAAAACCAACCAUCGCAAGCAAACCUGCAGAUAUUUUGCAACGUCUGAAAGAUAACGACUCAAAACGUAACUCUGCUGUUUCAACUGACGAGGCAACCAUUGAUACAGAGGACACCAUCAGCUCAUGUGAGAGUGAUUUGGAUGUUGUUGGACUUAGCUCUGAAGAAAGUGAUCCAGAGUCACAGGGGGAUAUAGUGGAUGUUGGCCACGAUGAGGAGGAAACAAAAUCAACAUCACCUACAGAAGUGUCGAUUGUUGUUGAAAAAGAGGUUGUUAUUGAAAAUGUUGUUGAAAAUAAAGAUAUUGUUGAUAAUAAUGUUGAAACAGAAAAAAUUGUGGAAAAAACACAAAAGAUUGAAGAAGUUACUGUAGAAACUAAAAUAGUUGUUACUUCAGCAGAAACCGUUGAAAAACCAGAUGUUAUCGUUGUAAAAGAUGAUCAGGGUGCCAAAGAAGAUGUACUUUCAAAAUCUGAAAGGAAAGAGACAAAACCAGAUUCUGUUACUGUUUUAACCAAAUCGAACAUUAAGUCAUUGGAUACACAAGAAAACAAUGUUGUUGAAGCUACUGUUACAAAAAAAGUUCGUUCAAGGAGAAAUAAACCAACCAUUGCAGUUAAGCCAAACUUUAAUGAAACAAAUCCACCACAAAAAGUGGAAGAUUCCCUACAAAAGAAGUUGUCACCGCCAGAUGACAAGCAAGAAGCUAAUAAAGACUUGACACUGACUGCAGCAGAAGCCAGUAGUGAACCACACACUGUGACACCCGCCUGCAAACAGAACAGGGUUGAGCAACUAAGCAAGCAUGCAUCUGAAUCCCCAAAGACAAGCAAACAUGUAGAACCAGUAAGGGUGGGUAGCUUGGAUAGCAGGAUGGAGAAGUAUGCGAAACAAGCAUCAAAGCAGGAAACAAAGAAGACAGGUCUCGACACUUCAGUGAUAGCUCGUGAUGUAAGUAACAGGAGGAAUAAAUGGGAACGUGGGGAAGUUACUUCUGCGGAUAAAACAACUAAGAAGCAUGAAGUGAUUCCCGUAGCUGGAAACAUUUCCUCUCGUAAAAAUAUGUGGGAACGGGGAACUGUUGGUACUGCUUCCAAGUCAAGCAAAGGAGUUGCCGAUAUUAAGACUGGAGAUUUCUCAAGCCGCAAAAAUAAAUAUCUGGAAACACUGCAGCAACGUGGAGGCCCUGUCAAGAAAGCAGAAUCUCCAGUUGCCAUUAAAACUGGUGUUGCAAACAGACUCAAUAAAUGGGAGAAGGGUGAAGUCGGUUCAAAAGCUUCUUUUGAGAAGCAGAAAUCAAAGGGUGACCUGCCAGCAUCGGGGGUUGGUGAUCGUCGUAACAAGUGGGAGACACUCGCCACUGAUACUGCUGUGAAGUCAGCCACUCCUAAAGCAUCUGUUCGACUCGUUACUACAGAUGUCUCGAACCGUAAAAACCUCUUUGAAAGCAAAGCUGCGGCGACAGAGCAACCAGAGGUCAAACCGGCCGCUUCUUCAAAGUAUCAAGCGUCUGUUUCGAGCGGGUCCGAGCACGAUGACGUCAUCGAACGUCGGCAACCCGAGAGGAGCUACUCUAACUCGGAAGGCGAAGACGACUUGCAAUACUCCGACGAAGACUGAAUACCUUGCCGAUAGUGUUAGGGUCUCACAUGAAACAAACAAUGUGUUGCUCAUAACCUUUGUUUCAAUGCAGUAACGAGUCUUGUACGUCGCUGCAUGCAUUUGUUAACCCCGCUAUACAGAACUGCGUUUUUAUUACACACUGGCUCCGACAGAAAGUUUCAAUUAACGACGAAAUCGCUUCGUUUUUUUCAUAGUAUUACUGUUCUUUGUACAUAAAAAACUUUGCCUGGACGAAUUUUACCGACUUCGUAUCUUUUAGUCGUACAAGUUUCAUCCUUUUUAUAAGUUUUGUAACUCGGGCCAUUUUGGAGUUUUGCACAUGACACAACACAACGACCCAUUCCAAGCCUGUAACGUUUUUUACGGAAAACACUUUGUGCCAAGGAUGACCAAACCAAAGAAUGUAGAAAAGACCAAACCAUGUUUUUAUGCUUACCAGUUUUUUUGUAGCCAAUCAUUUUGCGGAUCAAAAUUUUUAUGUUUCGACUUAUAAUUGCUGGUUACCCUAUUAUGAGUAUAUACUACUGCGUAGUGUUACAUACAAAGCUUUGUACAUAUUCGCUUUAUCCCAAUUAAUCCCAUAGUCCGCUGCAUGCACAUUACACGCGAUGUAUCCGUUUAAUUUAAAUGUAUGAAAGAUGCGCCUUACACUUUGUACUUCUGACGCAAACGGAGUUUCUCUUCCAGGAUAUGACGUAUUCAACAUUUUCUCACAUUGUUUUUUCGCCUUCAGUUGCCGGGUUAACCGGUUUCUUUCCGUGUUCGUGACGUUGCGGACUUGUGACGUCACAAAUCGCCUUGCUCUUUCAUAUAAGCUUCUCAGUCUUCUAUUUCAUUCCGUUAUGUUGGUCGUUAUUUUGUCCAGUGAUCUUUCAGGCAAUGCUGCAUUAUAUAUAUCGCCCCUAUCCAUUUUCAUUAUUACCAAACCCCACGCUGGUGGAUUGCGGUCCGUGUAUUGUACAGUGUGCGUUACAGUGUGUGCGAAUGCCCAAUACGUUUAUAUCGUAUGUUAUUGCUUGAUGACCUACACAGUAUUCCUGUAUUUCCUUGAUUCUAAUCAAAUGAUCUGUGCCGCACCAAAUCAAAUGCAUGAAAUCAUUCACAUUCCGGUGGCGUUGUGUUUGUGUGGCAUUCUGCAGUUUGUACGUAACGUUUAAAUGAUGACACACUUCUGGUUGUGUUCCGCUACUCUUUCUGUAUCUACGCCUGUUCACAAUAAUCAAGUUGAUGAUCGAAAAUUAUUUUAAUAAAAUUAUAUUCGCACUUG